AAAAAUAUACUCCGUAAAUGGGAACAACUUGAUCAGAUAUUCUGGAUAAGAGAGUAGACCACACAGCCUGAUCUCAAAGUCCCAAACUCGUCGCCGGAAACAAAUCGGAGAUAACUAUUAAUGAAUCAAUCAUCCACACAAAAGAGAGGAUAGGCCACCCCCACCCAUUUCGCCUCAAAUUUUAAAGAGUAGUGGGAUGUCUUUACCAGGCGCUCUAGACCCAAAUCUCACUCUCUCUCUUCUACCCAAAACUUCAUUCCAUUAUUCCCGACGAAUUAUAACCACAACCCAAAGCUCAAUAAGACUGAAAUAUGGUGGUGGUUCACAAUCCAAGCCAAAGAUUACGGUGGUUAAAUGCAGCACCACCUCGGAGAACCAACAGACAGGCGGCGGCGACAGCGGCAAUGGAAGCAACGGUAGUUUAAAGAAUGUCUUGUCUAAUAUUGUGGACGAAAGAGUGGAACAAUUGCUGGGUAAAGAAGAGAACAAGGAAAUGUUAGAUAAGCUUAAUAAGGCUUCUGAAAGAGUACUACUUGCUAGGAAAGAACUUGCUGAUAUUGAAAGACAAGAGCUUGAAGCUCAGCAAAUGAGGAAAUACAUCGAUGAACUCGAAACCAGGGCAUCUGAGAUUGCAGAGUGUCAGAAGGAAGUAUCAGAAGCAAGAGCUAUGGUUGAAGAAGCAGAAAGAUCUUUAUCCAUGAGUGGAGGGGAUAAUAAAGGUGAGAUUACUCGAGAUGCAGAGAGGUGGGAAUCAGUGAAAGCUGGAUCAGUAUGUGCCUUAGUAGGAACGUUGGCUUCUGUCCCCAUUUACCUGUCUAAGGUGACAACUAGUCCAGAGUUGUUGCUUCAAUUAGGAGUUACCUUUGCUAGUUGUGCAUUGUUCGGAGUCACUUUCCGGUAUGCAGUGCGCAGAGAUGUGGAUGAUACUCACCUUAAAUCCGGUGCAUCUGCAGCUUUCGCCGUUGUUAAAGGUCUUGCUACGUUGAGUGGAGGAGCUCCUUUAGAGUUCAGCUCUGCAAGUUUCCUAUCGCAUGCUGUGGAUGGGGGGUUGUUUGUGAUCCAGGAUCUGUUUAUUUUCACUUUUGCUGCUGUUAGUUUGGAUUUCUGCUUUAAAACGAGGUUUGUAAGUCCAUUUCCUCUCAAGAAAGAUGAAAUUUGAGGAACAAAUCAAGUGAAUUGACAAUGUUUAAUACUUCUAUGUUACCUGCAAGUCUGCAACAGUA